AGUUCGGCCGCAGAUCGUGUCCCCAGGUGCAGCACCGCGAACGGGCGAACGCAUCCGUGUCAAGUGAAUCCUGCCUCCUCAGGCUGCCACCGCCUCAUGCGCCCUCAUCGAAGGGCUGGCGCUUCUGUCUUGCCCAGAGGACCUGUUGUCCAGAUCAAAUUGAGAGACAUUGUACAGAGGACUUCCAAUGUGUCUGCUAUGUUCGCCUUCCGCACUAGAAACGAGCAUGCUGGACCUGGGGGCGUCGUCGGCACUUUGGCCGGCUUCAUCGUAUCCCGACUUGACCUUGCGGUGAUGGUCAAAAGAGCAGCAUCGUGCAGAGAAGAACUACAUCUACAUUCAGGUCCAUCGUGACAGAACCUCACUGUUCUGUUAGCCAUCGCUCGCUCUGCAACACUUGUCUCACUUUCUACAUGCGCGGACGGUCCGCCACGAGGAAUCGCAACAAAU